AUGUCAGCUACCAAGAAGAAGGGCAAGAAGCAAAAAGCUGCUUUUGAAGAUUCUCAGAAGGGCGAGCUGCAAUCAUCGCCCUCAAUAGGGGACUUGUCCGUCCCCCGCGGUUCCAGCAAAGUUCCUCAAACCAGAAAACCAAACCUGAAGGCCAAGAUGGAUGACAUGAGUGGGGAUGAUUCCGACUGGCUGGACGGCUGCUGGGGAACGGAGGAAGAUAAAACAUACAUGAAGCAGCAAGCUGCAGAGGAUGGCCCGACAGGGUUAGUUGAUCAGUGA